UACUAAAUUAGAGGAAUAGAAGUAGAAUAUUUCUAAUUCAAGUAUUUGCAUUUUUAACAGGUUAAUCAUGAACCUAAGCCAGAUUUAAUGACUUAUUUAUCCAUACCAGUGAAUACACAUUUGGAUUCAAUGCAUCGUUAUCAUUUUAAUUUAAUUCGUCAACUAAAAGACAUGUUUAAUUUUACAAUACAUCUAACUCAGGGCACAAAUUGGGGUUAUCUUGUGAAUGGUACAUAUACUGGGAUAAUGGGUGACAUGGCAAAGGGAAUUGUAGACAUUGGAGCCACUCCAUUUAUGUUCAUAAAAGAUCGAUUGGAUAUUUGUGAAUUUACUGUUCAAUCCUAUGUUGCAAAAAGUGGUUUAAUUUUUCGUCAUCCAAAAACAAGUAGAAUUAGAAAUACAUUCCUAAAACCAUUUGAGGAAAAGGUAUGGUGGAUUAUGAUUUUAACAAUGAUUAUAAUUUGGUUUCUCAUUAUUAUCACUGCAAAAAUGGAGCAGAAAUAUAAUGAAGAUUAUAAAAUGAAAAAACCAUUAAUUGCCCAAGAUAGUGCGCUCGAUGUAAUGGCAUCAACUUGCCUACAGGAUUGCUUCGAUAUACCACGUUUUUAUUCAGGUCGCAUUGUCUUUAUUACUCUAUUUGUUUGGGGAUUUUUAAUGUCCCAAUUUUAUUCUGCGUCCAUAGUGGGUUCUCUACUUUCUGCUCCUACUCGAUUUAUAAAUACACUAGACGAUCUUGCGAAUAGUGAUUUGGAAAUUGGAGUCGAAGAUAUGGGUUAUAAUCGUAAUUUUUUCGAGACAACUACUGAUCCACAUGUGAUUAAUUUGUAUAAUAAAAAAAUUGGACCCAAUAAGAAAGGAAAAAAGGCCAAUUAUUUGAAAGCUCACGAUGGUCUUCAAAGAGUUAAAAGAGGCGGAUUUGCUUUUCAAAUAGAAUCAGCAACUGCAUAUAAAAUAAUAGACGACACAUUCACAGAAGAAGAAAUUUGUGAAUUAAUGGAAAUUCCAUUAUUUCCAGCAAGACAUCUUGCAACUGCUACUGCAAAAUAUUCACCAUUCAAAAAAAUGAUUACUUAUGGUUUGAGACAUGUGGUUGAACAUGGUAAUGCAGAAAAAUUAAAAAGCAUUUGGCAAUAUAAAAAACCAACUUGUCCAGAAAGUUUCAGUUCAACACCAACACCAGUGAUUUUGGCAGAUUUUUUUCCAUUAAUAUUUUUAAUAUCUAGUGGCUCAGCUCUUUCUGUGAUUAUUAUGUUACUUGAGAAAUUUAUUGUAAAUAAUUUUACGUUCAACAUAUAAAUUAUUUACCAACAAAAUAGAGUUUAAAAAAAUAAACAAUUUAAUUAAAGUAAAAAUUGUUUUUAUAGUAUUGCUUAAAAAAUACUACAC